UUUUGCUAUUUGCUAGCCAACUGGGUCUCUAUCCUCCACAAUAGCGGUAGUCCACCCUAUUCCUAUUAGUUAACACAAAAUCUUAUUAAAUUCCUUUAAUAAAUGUUAAUGUCCAUGGAAAGUUUAUUUAUUUAUUUAUUUUAACUAAACAAAUGAAAUGAAAACUUCAGGGAAUUUGGCAACACGUGAACACACAACUGAAGUGUUAUGAGCUGAUGUUUUGUUGUCCUACAUACCAGGACCACGGAGCACUCCAUAAUUAUUGACAUGUUUGAUGCACUCAUGGAAAGUAUGGGCACAGUGUGGAGGUGCCCCGGGGGACUUGCGGACUGGAACGGAAUGGAAAGGGUUGCAAAAACAAACACUCUCGUCCUCAGUCUCUCUCCAGAGUGAAAAACUCUUCUCCAGCCGCGGUAAAUAGAUUAAAAGUGGUUUCGCGGUGGGUUAUUUCAGGAUGGCCCGGGAAUAGUCAGUCAGUCAGGUGCAGAGUCAGUCAGUAAGUCAGGCGCUCGGUCAGUCAGCAUUUCAGUGUUACAGCAUCCCGCCGUUGUGAGCCGUCAUGUCGCUGAGGCUCCUGCCUGCCAUCAUCAUGGACGACGAGGACGACGACGGCAACUUCACCAAGUGGAUGAGCAGCUACUGGGGACACGGAGCCGAACGAUGUGGUGGAGGAUCAGGAGGUGGCGGUGGAUACUCACGUGAAAGGAAGCGAAGUUUUAGGAGACCCACCAGGACGAGAGUUGACAGACGGGCGUCCCUUCCCACUGUAUCCCAACUUGACGCCAUGAAGCUGAACCGGUUGCACGCGGCCGCCGUGGCGCCCGCGCCGAGCCACGCCAAGAGCCGAGAAGAGAAAGGGGAGGUCGGACCCCACCAGAGGGCUCGACGGACCUCCUCGGACGAGAACGGACGCUCCAAGUCGGCCGUUGCGGAGAACCGCAUCGGCACCAUCCCGGAACUGACAGAAUCCUUCCAAAGGAGACUUUAUCUUCAAGAUAGAUGCACCCUGUCUCCGAACGAUGACGCCAAGUUGUGCCCGUUGUGCCAUGACAACGUCGAGACGGCGGCGCCGGCGGCCUGCUUGGCCACGAGACUCCUAAGCGACAGGAGAAGGUCGGCGGAUGAGGUCGGCGGCAUUACCGCGGAAAAACAACAGCAGCAACAGUACACGUUCCGACGGCAGCUUUCCCUGCGCAGGCACCGCUAAACUUUUACCUUUUUCAGUGGCAGGUCUAUCACGUCGUAAUUAUAGAGAAGCGUCCAAAACGCACGCAACUCAUCAUCUGCAUGGAGUUGUUUUCAAUCAAUAUUUAACGAUGACAAAACAGACAAAACAGACAUCAUCCCCACCAUAGAUACUGAUUAUUAAAUCUAUUGAUUAGUACUGAUUGCUACAGGUGUGUUUGGCUAGUUGGAAAAAUGCUGACGUCAGGUUGGCAAAUUUGAUUGACUUGGCAACAGAUAGACGCUGAAAUGUGAUUGGACAAAAAAAACAAAAAGGAAAAAUUGAAAUGGUGACUGUGUGUGUACACCUUCAUGUAACAAAUAUUAGAAUUUAAACCAUGAUUGCCCGCCACUGUGUAUAUUUUCACAGUUCAUUUUCACUGUAAUGAAAUGUUUUGCUUGUAAAUUGUGUGUACAAAUGUAUGCUCCCAUGUUUUUCAACCCUUAUUCAAUGUUUGUGUUUUUGCUUUGUGAAAGUGAUUAGUUAAAAUUGAAUCAAAAGAAAUAGUUUGACUCUAACGGGAUCUUUCAAUGUCUCAAAAUGGCUACAUCAAAACAGAAAUAUAAUACUAACAUAGCGAUGGCCAUUUAAUUGAAUAUAUAGACCACUAUAUAAAAAUUAAAAUUAAAUGAGUGAAUAAUUCCCAACACAGCCCAGAAGGGACAAUUAUUAGUAUAUUAUUUUUUAAAUAAUAGCUUCUGUGUAUUCUUGUUAUAGAUAUCAUUGAGUUGAUAUUUUUGAAAAUAAACGCGGUUUCAUUCCAAAUGAUCGCCUUAUUCAUUUUGUCAAUGUUUCCUCCAUUCGUUUCCUGAACAGGUGUCCCC